AUGCGGCACAAAAAUAUAGGACAAUUUUAUGGGCUGCUUCUAUUGGAAGUGUCCAGUCACAUUGUCUGGGAAGGUGGACGGGAAACACUGCAGUCUCUUUUCCAAAACGAAGCCAUCAUCAACGACGGAACCAUCCAAUUAUUUCUCAUUUUCAAUAUCAUUGCGGGUUUACACUAUAUCCACAAAAGAACGCCGUUAUUAGUGCACGGCAGCCUUUCCAGCCAAACCAUAAUCAUUGACAGUCGCUUCGUGGCCAAAAUUAACGAUAUCGGCUCGGCGGUUCUGUCGCGAGCAAUAACCAAACGCGACAGCGUCAUAAUGCAUCUGAUUCGGCGACGCUCCAGCCAUCGUGACCAGGCCGCGCCCAGUGGUUCCCAAGAAUCCGAUAUUUUUGCUCUGGGUGUCGUUAUCUGCGAGAUUAUGUUGGGUCAUACUGUCAAGCCGAAUAACUUGCUACCUUUGCAAAUCGAUACGAUUCAGUAUCGCGAUCCCAUUUUUCAACUGAAGAUUCGCCAUGUUCUGCAGUGGUGCUGCUCCGUUGAUACGGACUCACGACCAUCGAUAGCCGAGGUUGUUAACGAAUUAGAACCGUAUCAGCCGACGGGAAAUGUGGUGGAGAGCUUGCUCAACCGCCUCCAAAAACACGCUGAUCGUCUGGAAGACAUUGUUCGCAUUCGCACUGCUGAAUUACUGUCGGAAAGCAAGAAAGUGGAUGACCUACUCGCUGAAAUUAUUCCAGCGUCUUUGGUCCCCGCUCUGCGCAACAAACUGCAAAUACAUGCGGAGACCUUCGAAUCAGUCACCAUAUACUUUAGCAGUAUGGUGGGUUUCGAUCAGUUCUGCAGGACCACUUCGCCAAUGGAAGUUGGUCGCUUUCUCAACCACCUGUACACGUCGGUGGAUAAACACUUGUAUGAUUUGGAUGUGUAUAAAGUGGAAACUAUCAAGGACGGCUACGUGGUCGCAAGUGGUGCUCCAGUGAGAAACGAUAGGCAUGCCCAUGAAAUUGCCACAUUGGCCUUGCGUGUAAUGGAAAAGUAUUCAACGUGUAAUUCGCCAACGCAUCUACCAAUCAGAAUCGGCAUCCACACUGGGCCGAUUGCUGCGGGGAUCGUAGGUGUCAGGAUGCCACGUUAUUGCCUUUUCGGUGAUACUAUGAAUACCGCCAGCAGAAUGGAAAGCCACGGAGAAGGCUCCAAGAUUCACAUAAGCCUGGAAACCAAACAGGCUUUGGCAAGAAAACCGGAGCAUAUUUUCCAACCACGGGGUAUUAUUGAUGUGAAGUCAAAGGUCAACUUCCUUAUUGUAAUAUUGGGUGAAAGUCCUUUAUAUGGAUACUUUGCACUGAUGCCAUAUUUUGAUGCUUCCUUUGCCAUUUGCAAGAAACGUUUCCCGGAAACGUUUGCCAAUGUGACGAUGCAGGCGGUGUUUGAGCCUAACUUGCCGGCUUGCGGAGAUACCACCGCGGCGAUGCCGGCAAUAACCGGCAAAAUCUACCAAAUACUGGAAAGGUUCAGUGGGUUAACGAUCCUAUUCACCCCAGGCUGCAACUUAGAAGUUGUACCUUUAGCGGAUUUGGCUCGAGAAAAGGAUGUCCCGGUAAUCAGCAGCACAAUCUGGGAUCCGACCUUUGCCAACCGGCAGCGCUUCCCCACCUUCUUGUCCUUUAGUUCGCGCGGCACGGGUGGACAUGUUCCAGCCACCAGAGCCAUGAUGCGCCGGUACGGCUGGCGUACGGUGACCAUUUUUUGCGAUACACUUUCGAAGAACGCCGCAGUGGCCACAUUUAUUAGCUCACACUGUCAGCAUUUCCCCAAGUAUUUGACGGUAGCUGAUGGUUUUCAAGUGUAUUUUGAGCGCUAUGACUCGACGUUCGAUGACGAUUAUCGGCCCAGAUUGCUACGUGCUCGAUCGCAAAGCCGAAUUAUUAUUCUACUGACACGAGCGGAUGAGGUGCGGAAAAUCAUGGUAUUAUGGGUGUGA